AUUAUAUAUAAUUCUUCCGUUAUCUCUAUUCUAGAAAUACUAUCUUUAACUGUUCCAGUAUUAUUAUCCAUAGCUUAUGUUACUGUUGCAGAAAGAAAGACAAUGGCUUCCAUGCAGCGUAGAUUAGGUCCUAACUCUGUAGGUUAUUUAGGUUUGUUACAGGCAUUUGCAGAUGCAUUAAAACUAAUAUUAAAAGAAUAUGUAUCACCUACACAGGCUAAUAUUAUAUUAUUUUUUUUAGGCCCUAUUAUAACUCUUAUAUUUUCUUUAUUAGGUUAUGCUGUCAUUCCUUAUGGUACAGGCUUAACUAUCGCAGAUAUUAAUUUAGGAAUACUUUACGUAUUAGCUAUGUCUUCGUUAUCUACAUACGGUAUAUUGUUAGCAGGUUGGUCAGCUAAUUCAAAAUAUGCUUUUUUAGGUUCACUUAGAAGUACAGCUCAAUUAAUAAGUUAUGAAUUAAUUUUAAGUACUGCUAUUUUAAUAGUUGUUUUACUUACUGGUAGUUUAAACUUAACUGUAAAUAUAGAAGCUCAAAGAUCUAUUUGA